UCUUAUGUAUAUAGGACAAUAUUCAAGACUUGCACGAUGCGCUCAUUGCUGAACUCGUAGCAGAAUAUCAGAGAAGCAGUGGACAAAUUCAGCUUUCCAAUGUAGGCCAAGCCAAGGAAGGCACUCUGGGCGAUUUGAGGCUUCUUCAGAAACCAUCCGACGGCUUGACCCUUCCCGGCAGAGCUGAUGAUUCCGAGAAAAAUCCAAGAAUGGCUAUGUUCAGAUUCGGGGUCCCAAGGGCUCACGCCGUAUUCAAAAACUACAAGCCGAUGUCCAUCCCGUUUUUGAGGAAGCGCACUCUCGAUUACGAGAUCGAGGAUUUGAACUUCUUUGUGGAAUACACCAUUACCGUCAAGCAUAAUGAAUGCCGAUUGAAUCUCCUGAAAGUACGUGUCCAGGGUAAAGAAGGCAAAGUCACAGUUGGAGGUGGACUGUUCAAACCGACAAAUUCCAUCCUGGAAGGUUUCGUCGAGAACGCGAACACUCACAUCAUCGAAGCUGCUAGACAGGACGUUGAGAGCAAGGUACGCGAUUUAUUGGACAAUCGACAGUUCGAGUGUUCGUUUUACGAACCCAGCAAGCAAUUCUUGACCGCGUAAGGUUCUAAAAAUGGUCAACCUAGCUGCCGAAAGUAAGAUCCUAAGCAAUAAGUUAAUUGUAAUGUCAAAUAUAUAAUCAUAACGAAUAAAAAACAAGUACGAAAAUAA